AUAAAAUCAACAAAAUGAGUAUAAUCCAUCAAUGUUUAUUUCUUUUCUCUUAUAUACACAUGUUAUCUUGGCUACACCGUUGGGUAUUUUGUACCACCAGUAAAUCGAAUGUCAUCAUAACAGUAGGUUCGGAGAGAAAUAAAGGCUUGCCACAUGUAGACAUCAGACAAUUUCAGAUCAUUAAGAAAGAUAGUUGUAUCGUCUUACGUAUAACGCUCCACUAUCAGUCUUUGAUAUGAUCCUCAAUAAUCUUUCCAAAUCAAAUACAGCAAAUGUCAGGACUUA